AUGGAAAAUUUCUCACUCCUCACCAUCUCUGGACCUCGAAUCUCUUCCCCUGCCCUGAGCACUUUUCCUGACAUUAUGACCUCACAUGCCACCAGCUUGCCAGACAUCGCAAAGACAGUGGUACCCACUGAGGCUUCCAGCCUAGCUAAGGCCCUGCCACCCCAGUAUCAAAGCAGAACUUUCUGACUUGGGGUACAUAACACAGUACCCUCAUGAGAUUGCACCUUGAGGGAUAUGCAGAAUGGGGAGAAGCUGAGGCGAAACUGCACCAUCUACCGGCCCUGGUUCUCCCCUUACAGCUACUUUGUAUGCACAGACAGAGAGAGCCACCUGGAAACCUAUAGUUUCCCAGAGGUGGAGCGGGACGAGGGCAGAGGGGACAACUGUUUUCCCGAGGACAUGACUGAGAGUAUCUGCUCGUCCUCUUCCUCCCCAGAGAACACAUACUCCCGAGAGGGCACCAAGAAAUCUAGGCAUGGCCCGGACUCCACAGACUACAUCACAUCCCAGGACAUCCUAAUGGCUUCCAAGUGGCACCCAGCCCAGCAAAAUGGCUACAAGUGUGCGGCCUGCUGCCGCAUGUACCCUACUCUGCACUCCCUCAAGAACCACAUCAAGGGGGGAUUCAAGGAGGGUUUCAGCUGCAAGGUGUACUACCGUAAGCUCAAAACCCUCUGGGGCAAGGAGCAGAAAGCCUGGCCAGGGGACAGGCUCUCCUCAGGCAGCUGCCAGGCCUUCAGUAGUCCUGCUGAACACCUCGGGUAAAUACGGGAUGAAGCCUACUUAUGUCUCUAG